CCCUGAUGGCUCAGUUGUGAAAUACAGCAGGUGACACAGAGGCCAUGAAAAGAUGGGUGGUGGUGCAAGCCAUCCUGCCCCGGAACCUGAGCCUGAACCUGAACCUGAAACUACUGUAAGUGGUAUGUGGGUGGUGGCGGGAGAUUUCAUUUGGAAUGGCAGGCUGGGUGGCUCCUGAAGCAACAUCCUCAUCUUAUCCAAUGCCUUUCUUCACCUCAAUCCCAGGUGCGCUGCAGCCAUGCAAAGUGAUCACUGUGUCAGGCACUGUGCUCCGCAAUGCUAAGAGGUUCCAUAUCAACCUGCGUGCUGGGCCUGACAUCGCCUUUCACUUCAACCCUCGAUUCAAUGAAAGAUGUGUGGUCCGAAACACUAAGAUCAAGGGCUCCUGGGGGCGAGAGGAGCGCUGGCUGUCUGGCAACAUGCCCUUCACCCCAGGACAGAGCUUCACGGUGGAGAUCCUGUGUGAACGCCACUGCUACAGGGUGGUCGUGAAUGGCGAACACCUGCUGACAUAUGCUCACCGCCUGAAGGACCUGCCAGCCAUCGGUCACUUACAAAUAGAGGGUGACAUUAUCCUUACAGAUGUGCAGUGUUAGUUGGCCUCAAGAGCCCAGUGAAGGACUGGGGACAUUACUGUCUGGGUCUCCACCCUGUCCUCUGCUUUUUUCUCCCCACCUUCUGAGCACUGCCACCCUAGCAGAUGGUGCCUCAGGAUUUGCCACUGAGGGAGCCUCCAGGUCCAUUCCUCCAGGAAGUGAGGGAGGACUGAGCCUUCAUCCCAGAACCAUACUGCAUAAGGCUCCCAAACACCUGCUUGUCCUCCGUGCAACCCGUGCUAGUCCCAAGCCACAGCUAUGCAAUGGAGGGCCCAGGUGCCCGCCACAGCCCCCAUUCCUGGGACCUUCACCUUCUCUCCCUGCUUGGCACCCUGUUACAACACUGGUCCCUGUGGGGAGGCGACCUGGUGACAUCCCGCUGGCUUCCACCCACUGAGCAGAGCUUUCUCAGCACUGGGCACUUUGCUUCUGGCAUCCUUAAAAUAAAGAGCAAUGCUG